AUGCUGCCACGUCCCCCGUCCCCCAACCCUCCAUACCCCUACAAUCCCAACUCCUCCGCCCACUAUGACCGGAAACAGAAGCAGCGCAGCAUCAUGGGCAUAACAGCUGGCGCGGAGGACGUCAAAUACCAGGCCAAGUACAAGGAGUUGAAAAAGAAGGUUAAGGAGAUCGAGUCGGACAAUGACAGGCUGUACUUCAAGUUGUUAUUGGCCAAGAAGAAUAUUCGUCGGAUGAAUCUGGAGCGAGCCAUCCUGUACGAACGUCUUGCUGCCGUGCCUCCCACCCCUGGCCGACAGACACAAGAACUGCCUGCGGAGCAAGACCCUGUCUUCCACCCACAGCCCCCGGUUCCCCCAGAGCACGCUCGUGUGAUAGAUCCGAAUGACCGCGAGGUCGCGGAAUACCUGCACGCGCACCCGAGUGCUCGACUCAUAACGGGUCCUGAUGGACGGGUGGUCGCGAUCGAAGACACGCCGACCGUGGACGCGCGCGGCGUUGCGGUACCUUCGGGCCCACCUCCACCGCAUGGUGUACCCCUUGUACACGGCUUCCGCCAUGACUCGGGUCCUGGCUAUGACCCUGCGCGCCAACUGCCUCCGCCGCCACCGAUGGUCCCACUGCUGCAUACUCAAGAGGCGCCGCACGAGCCGGCUCCGCCGAAUGACCACCCGCAGGCGCACGGAUACCCAUACGCGCAGACCCGACCGCCGCCGUCGCACAAAUCCAACUCGCACAGCAGCUCUUCCCACCAAUCGCGCUCGUCCUCGGCACGCCCAGAUCUCGAUACCGCUGGAGGCAAUCCGCGCAUAGAUGCAUCUAGCGGUUCGUACUCCGUCCACAGCCGCAGCCCAAAUGUUCCCGGAGAGCCGCAGGCGGGACACCGGACGCGCCGACACGAAGCACAGGACCAUCCGCACUCGCAUGUGCAGCAGCAGCCUCCGCCACCUAUCCAGAUACCCCAGCAAAAUGAUUCGUCAUCGCCUCCGAUGGUGUCUCCUUCUGCACACUCCCACAGUUCGCGUCUUCACAACCACCAGCGCAUCGGGCCGGGCGCUCACAUUCAUCGGGAGCGAGACGAACGCGACUGGGAAAUUCAGCGAGAACUCGAGUACCAACGCGAACUCGAGCGUGAGCGCGAGGAGCAGCGCGCAAUCGAGUUGCGCCGCCGUCUAGAGAUUGAAGAACGCGAGGAAGAGGCGCUCUGGGCUCAAGAGGAGGCGCGUGUUCGCGCCCGCGCACUUUCUCGCUCUGGUUCUCCCGGGCCUAUGCCCCGGAACGGCGGCAGCCGGGAUGUCUCGCGGCCGACCUCUGGACAGGCGCACGAUCCCGAACGUCCAUCGAGAGCUUACGCGCCGCACGUUUCCAACCUCCUCGGCAUCGAACGCGACCCCCGCUUCAACGGGGACGAGCACAGUCUGGGCCCUGGUUCCCGCGAUGGGGCGCAUUCCGCAGACGGGCCUGCGGGUUCUGGCCUGGAGUCGCGGCGACGCUCGCGGGACGAAAUGGAGAUCGAUGACCGCUACGAGGGUGAGCCCCGCGCUGCCAACGAGAGUGGGGCGGCUUCCCGCGGUGCUGCGAACGCGGGCGGCAACAGGGGUCCAAAACGUACACACCCUGACGAGGAUGACGAUGCCGGGAACCCCGCGCCCGGAAAGGGAGACGACCUGCCGGAUGAGCGGAUGGAAGAGGACGAGUAGGGGCGCCACCAGCCGCCCACGUCGCUUCUGUAACUGUAGCCUUCUGGUACGGCCCUCUUCUUGACAGAUUGUCACCGCCCUGCUGCCCGCCGUGCGCUCAUGCGUUUUCAUGUGCCCCGCACCCCCCAGACUCUGCGAUAUGUAAUACGUCCGAGCAUCUUCGACUGCUGCCUGUUCGCGCCCCUUGCGCAGCACCUGUACUGCCUUCUUGUGCACCGGCUUGCUUCUGGCCGUAUGUGGUUUCGUAAAUAUCUAUAUACCAG